AUGAGUUCCAAGAAAUCUGAUAAUAAUAAACUACCAGAUGGUUGGGUACUAUGUCAAUCAAAAUCAAUUCCGGGAAGGAAGUAUUUUUUUAACAAAAAAACUGGAAAAUCUUCGUGGUCCCAGCCCCAGGCCGAUGACAAAUCUGGUAGGAUGACGUGUAAAAAAGAAAAAUUAAGGAGACAGGAAAGAAAGCGGAGAGAGGAACUAGCUAAAAAGGCAGCCAAAAGGAAAAGCGAUAUUAAUGAUGGAAGUGAUUCAAGGAAAAGAACAAAAGGUGCUUCUGAUGCAGGGUGCAGCUCUAGAGGCAGGCUGAAAGAAAGCCCUCAUCAUCAUAAAAGGAGAAAAGAAUCAUCACAACCAACACACAGCACUCCCAAAAUGACUCCAUCAAAAUGUUCACUCGGUAACUCUGUGUCUCCACAAAAACAUUCCUCAUCAAAAAACAUAGCAAAUACAAGGCUUUCAAAUCUAAGAGCAAAACUGGCAGCAGAAGUGAGAGAGGAAGAAAGUCUCGGUAUUAAAAAGAAAGUCAGUCCUAAAACAAAUAAUGAGACACCACAGAAGGGUCAAAGAAGUGAGCAGAAAAGUCCCAGCCUCAAUGAUUCCAAAUCAACUCGAUCUCCGAGUAGUGAUAGUUUCCAAUCAAUGCCCUCGCCUUCCCAGUUCUUUGCUGCUAAUAAGAUCAUAUCUUCAAUGAAGGCCCAGUUGCCCGAGGAAUACUGUAAUAAAGAGAAACAGAAAGAUACAUUUGCUGAUAUUGAAAAGGGUAUAUGUAGUCAGAUAACCGAGUACCCGUUUUCAAAGCACCCCGCUACACCCCCACAGUUUUCAGAAGCUAGCAAAUUAGUAUCGGCUAUAAAAUCCAAAUUGGCAUACAAGGGCUCGUCUUCAAAGGAAGGCGUCAAAACAUUUCCAUCAGCCAACGCCAGGUUGGAAGUGUUGAGGGCAAAUUUGAGUAUUGAGGCAGAACAAGAAAUGGGGGACAGUUUUUUAAGUAAGAGUAAUGAUUCAGAACAAAAGGACAUAUCAGAGGCGAUGGAAGUUGAAGAAAUAAAAGAGGUGAAACACAAUGAGACGUUUCUGAAGGACACCACAUUGAGAGACAACCUGGUUCUGGUCAUUGACACUAAUAUAUUCAUACAUGAUCUUGAUUUCAUUAAAGUUGUCCUCAACUCACAUAUCAAAGGUUACAGCGAACAACCAACAGUCCUCGUUCCCUGGCGAGUGAUCAAUGAGCUCGACCGUCUUAAAGACAACAAUAAUGGCAAUGGUUCCCUUUGCAAGAGGGCCAAGGCUGCUAUGGACUAUCUGUAUAAAUCACUACCAGAGAAUAGCAGGAUUAAAGGUCAAUCGUUGAGGGAUGCCAAUUCUCACAUAUACCCGUGCGAGGUCCCAGAUGAUGAAAUUUUGAAUUGCAGCCUUCAGCAGCUGGAGAGGGAUAAGAAUGUUAUACUGCUGACCAAUGAUAAGAACCUGUGCAACAAGGCCAGCAUCAACAACGUGAGGCACAGCAACGUGAGUGAACUGCAGAAACUGGUGGAGAACAAGCCACAGCCGCAGACCAGCGACCUGCGGGCCACCGUCAAGAGAUACACCGACGGAGUCUACCACCUGCUGGCUAAUAUACUGGAGAAUGAGAUGCGAGCCAAGUACAACGAGCUGUGGCAGCACGUGGUGUUCAAGCCGCCGCCCUGGUCGCUGGACGACGUGCUGCAGUGUCUGCUGAAGCACUGGGUGGCCGUCUUCAACGAGGUGUUCCCCAGGAUCGAGCAGCUGCUGGCCGAUCUGCGCACCAGCCUGAUAAAUAUCGAGAAGAAAGAGCCGAGUACCCUGACUCAGUCGGAGGUAUCAACGUUCAAGGAGCUGUGUGUGGACGUGACGCGCCGCUGUCAGAUCAUCCCGGAGUAUAUGGAACUGGCUAAAAGUACGCUGGCGCAGCUUACAAGGGAUGGGGUCGCUCCGGAUACUGUCGACGCCUUUGAAGCACUAUGGACAGUGCUUUCUAGCUACUGCGCCAAGUUAGCCUCAGCGCUGGGCGUGUCUCACUGUAUCGAGGACUCUGUGGGCGGAGAGGAAGGUCUGCAGCAGCUCGUGGCGAGGGUCGGCUCCGUCAGCUCACACGUACACAACCUGGCAGCCGCACUGGCUGGGGCUCUCGAGGGUGGUGUGAGCGGGGAGGGGGGUGAGGGUGUCAGCAGCCCUUCGUCCCGGUUGCAGCAUGCGGUGCUGUCCGCGCUAGCAGAGUGCGGGCUGCGGGCAGCGCUGCAGAGAGAUCAGCUGGUCGCCUUCUGUCAGGACUGCAGGAACAUGUUGCAAGAGGCUCACGACAAGUUCUCCCAGCUGUCCCAGCUACUGAGCGUCUGUCAGAAUAGACUGGCGACUUCUGUCAACGACAUGGACUGA